UUUCAGCGUAAUUUCAACGAGUUACUCAAUAAAAAUGACCGACGAGACUGAAAAUGUGCCGAAAACCGAGCAGGAGGUCCCAAAUGACCCGGAGUCUGAAAAGGAAGUGAAAGAAGAUGCAAAGGAGGAGGUAAAGGAUCUAAUCCCCGAAUUCUACUCUCAACACGGCGGAGACCCACGUUUGAUCGAUAUCGCCGCGUCUGUCUGGCUUUCUGGCAUCCCAACUGACUUCAUCACGGAUACCUAUGAGCAAUUCUGCGAGACCAUCAAGAAUAUCAUGAAAAUGGGUCAUAAGCUCGAUGUUUCCACGGUUUCAAAGAUCGUCCGAAUUCCGAAUCUGGACAGCAACGCCAAGAAUUCGGAACAUGCUCUGCGAGCGCUAAUCUGUUUCUCAGACAAGAAGCACAUUUAUCGAAUGAUGACACGUGAAGCCGAGUUUGCGAAAGAAGAAAUGAAAGUGGAAUUGAUUGAAGAAUUGCCGUCAGACGCGUUGGAAAUCAGUGAAGACGAUAAAUGUCUGCUUUUGAACGGACUUGUCGAAGCUGAAGACGCUGGAGAUGAUGUUGAUGUUGGUGGUGGAGAUGACGAUGAAAUUGAUGAAUUAAUGGAUCAUGAUGAUGAAGGAGGGCAUGAUGAACAUGAAGAAGAUGAAGAAAGUGAUGUUAAAAAGGAGGAGGAAAAAGGCAGCGAAAAGAAGGAGAAGAAGCCUGAGCCGCCAAAGAAGAAGGUUUACGAAGAUGAAGAUGAGAAGGCUCCGUUUGAAAUGUAUUGGGAUGGAGCUCCGGAAUUCCAGUGGAGAUUAUGCGAAGGACCACGCGACGAGAAAAAGCUGAUAAUCGAUAAUUUGUUGUGGGCCGAUUUGAACAAUGUCUUCAUCUACCGUACAAUUCAAAAAUCGACAACGUGUGAAAUCAACUUUCCGACUCGUUUCAAUUCCGAUGGAAAUCGUACGUGUCACGGAAAACUGACACUCUUUUUCCCGGGAAAUGUUGCAAUUAUGGAUGAGGCACUGAAGCAUUUGGUCUAUUUCCGUAGUGGAGAUGGAAGAAGAAUUAAAGUUUUUCUGCCACAAACCACAGUUUCUUUGAAACGAAAAGAGGAAUUCGAGGGAAAACUCGGAAGAGUUAUUAAGCCGACCGAACGAAUGAUGCAGUUGAUUGUGAAGAUCCUUCCUGACGGUUAUACUCCGACGCUGGAUGAAGCUUGUGCUUGGUUCCCACUUCAAGCCGUUAUUCAGUGUGAUUUGGUUAAUGAUGAGAUGGGAAAUCCGUGUGCAGUUGUAAAAUUCGAGACAGCCGAAGAAGCUGUGGCCGCUCACGCUGGAAAAUCCUUUGUGACAAUUGUCCAAAAAUCGAUGAUAACUGUAAAGGAUUCGGAAGGAAAUGAGAAAGAAGAAGAGAAAGAGACGGAGACACACUGCAAUGUUUUCAUGAGAGGAGUUGAAGCUCAUUUCGGCUCUCUGCUCACCUAUUAUGAUCAACGUAAGAAGGUAUUGGAGCAACGAAAAAAGACGGCUUCAACAGGAUCCCAACAACGUCCACAACAAGCCGGCGGAAAACGUCAGGCUGGCUCAACAAUUCGUGGACCGGCUCAGAAGAAACGUGCUCCAUCGCCAUCGCCAAAGCGGGGAGGACACAAGGAUGGUGGUGGAGCAUCACGUGGAAAUGCUCGAAAUGUAGGAAGAGGUGGUGGACAGAGAAGAUCUUCACCACCACCAAGAUCAUCUCCAAGAGGUGGUGGAGCACGGGGGGGACCAUCUUCAAGAGGAGCACCAAGAGGUGGUGGACGUGGUGGAAUUUCGAGAUCUUCUGAUAGACCGAAAUCGUCGCCUCGUUCAUCAUCAUACCGCAACGAUUCAUUCUCCUCAUCAUCCCACCACAGACAACCAGCCAGAGCUGAAGCAUUUGGCAAUUAUGGAUAUGGUCAAUUCGAGAAUCGUUACAACAGCAGCAACGUUGAUCCGUUUGGACGUCCGGUUUACGGAAAUUCUGCGUUCAACUCGUCAUCCUCGUCCUCCUCAUUCCAUCGUGGAGAUGAUCGUAGCGGAUUCUUUGAACGCCGUCGCUACUAACUGCUUCUUCUUCGUCUCCAACAACUACAAUCGAAACAUUCUUCAUCAUAUUUUACUACUUUUUAUUCCAAACAAUACUCCACGUAAAACUACCGAUUUUCUUCUUCUUAUUUAUUUAUUAUUCUCUCUAGAUCUCUUUGGUUCUGUUUCAAGUCUUGAAGAGGUCUCUUCUUUUUUUUCCUGUUUUUCUGUUUUUACCGCGGAAAUUUUGAAUUUAUUGAGCUAAAAUCGAGAAAUUUGGCUGAAAAUGGUCAAUUUUGAAGGAAAAAUUGAAAAUUUCACCCAAAAUUUGACCUACAAUUGAUUAUUUUCAGUUAAUAAUAAUUAUUUUUCAAAAAUGCUAAAUUUUGUGAUGAAAAUCAUGAAAAUUCCAGAUUCUCAUCGAAAUUUUGGGAUUUUUCUGAAAUUGUACAUAAUUUCCCCGAAUUUUUGGUAAAUUUUCCUGAAAUUGACAAAUUCUGAAUUUUGGAAUUUUUCCUGAAAAUUUAGAAUUUUUCUGGAAUUUCUGGAAUUUUUAGUAUAUUAUUGAAGUUUUAAGAAUUUUCGAAAGAAUAGGGAAUAUCCUAAUUUUUUUUUUAAAACGAAAUUUCAAUUUUCUAAAAAUUGAAAACAUUCUGAAUUUCUCCCCGAAUUUUUCUGGAAUUUUUGGGAUUUUGCGGAAAUUUUUAAAUUUUUCUGGAAUUUCAGCAUUUUUCUCGAAAAAUGGGAAAUUUUUCAAAAAAAAUGUUUUUUUGAAAUUCUCGAAUUAUGGUUUUUUUUGUCAAAAUUUUUGAAUAAUCAGCUCUUUUCCUAUUUUUUUUUGGGAAUAUUUUCAAAAAUUGUGGCUAAUUUUCAUUCAAAUCUGCAAUUUUACACCUUUUUUUCAAUUUUCUACUCAAAAAAGAGCUCUAAAAUCCAAAAUUUCCAGUCAAAAUAUCCGUUUUUUCUCCUAUAUAUUUUUUUUAUCUAUCCAAUCCAUCCUGAAAUUCCAUAAAAUUGACUCUAAAAUGAAUUAUAUUGUGCCAA